UUUUACUUAAACUAACUAACUUGUCCUUCCCCCCUCCGAGAUACCAAUCUCUCUCUCUCUCUCUCUCUCUCUCUCUCUCUCCCAUACAAACACAGAGUUUUCAGUGACCGAGGGCAUAUUCUCGAAUCGAAGGCAUCUUUCUAAGCAAUUUGCAGGAACUUGGAUUCAAUGGCAUUGGUUACGACCGCCGAGGUUUGUGACGCAAAUCCGCAGCUAAUUGUUAGUGGUGAGCUUCGAGCACUCCAACCAAUCUUUCAGAUUUAUGGACGGCGCCAAGUCUUCUCUGGUCCAGUAGUGACUCUUAAGGUGUUUGAGGACAAUGUUUUAAUUCGGGAGUUUCUUGAGGAGAAGGGUAAUGGCAGAGUUCUUGUUGUUGAUGGUGGUGGCAGUUUGCGCUGUGCGAUACUUGGAGGCAAUCCUGUGGUACAAGCUCAGAACAAUGGAUGGGCUGGUAUAGUGGUUAAUGGCUGCAUAAGGGAUGUUGACGAGAUUAAUGGUUGUGAUAUUGGAGUGAGAGCCCUGGCCUCCCAUCCAAUGAAAGCCAAUAAGAAGGGGAUUGGAGAGAAACAUGUUCCUAUUACCAUAGGUGGCACCAGAAUCAGUGAUGGAGAAUGGCUUUAUGCAGAUGCUGAUGGAAUCCUGAUUUCUCGAACAGAGUUGGCUGUCUGAGCCGCCUCUUACUAUGAAGAUAGUUCUUCAAAAAUGCUUUUAUUAAUUUUUCUAGCGAUGCUUUACUUUUAAACCUAUCUUUGGCAAUCACAUUUACAUUCGCUGGUCUAUUUGUGAUUUGUAGAUUAGAAAAAAAAGAGAGAAAAAAGCAGAGCUGUUUCUGCCUUUCUGGUAUCAUGUCAGCAAAAUAUGUCGUUGAUGUUGCAGAAUACUUCUGCUUGGGGAUUUAUCUGGUGGAACUCCUUGUGUUAGAUUAUUUGAUAUUUGCUUCUGCCC